ACAUUCAUCUUGAUCCGUUUUACAUAAGUAAAAGCGAUCCUAUACAAUUAUGUCACCGACAAAACGAAACUAAUCCAGAUUCAAACACUGCGGGAGAAUAUGGAACUUUAUUAACUAGAUGCGAUGCACCAUAUACUUUAAGCAAUGAAACAAUGUCAUAUUUACAAAAUUCUUUUAAAAAUAUCGAUUUUAUUAUUUAUACUGGAGAUUUCGUUAGGCAUGAUCGAGAUAAAUCAAUCCCCAGAACUCAUGAACAUGUUAUUUUCGGCCAUGAAAUUAUAAUUAAAUAUUUUACAGAUAUUUUUGAUCCUGACAAGAUUAAGUUUUUUCCCACAUUGGGAAACAACGACGAAUUUGAUGAUGACCAGCUUUCACCAGGUCCUAAUGACCUAUUAAGUGCCGUGCAAAACGCAUGGGCUCCUUUAAAAUUAAAUUUGACAAAUGACUUUUCAGUUGGUGGCUAUUUUCGUCACGAUAUUAAUUCAAAACUUUCAAUCUUAAGUUUGAAUUCAAUGUAUUUUUUUCCCAAAAAUGUGCAAUCUCCGGAUUGUUCAGUUCCAAAUUCACCUGGUGAAAUACAAUUGAAAUGGUUUGAAAAUGAAUUGGAAAAUGCAAAACAUGAUAAUAGAAAAGUUUAUAUCAUGCAACAUGUCCCUCCUAUUAAUGUUACAGGGUACUCACAAUAUAACGAAUCAUGUUACAAUUCAUAUGUUGGUUUGCUUAGUCGUUAUCAUGACAUUAUUUAUGGACAUUUUUCUGGACAUACAAAUGAAGAUAAUACGGCAUUUCUCGUAUCCAAUUCAUCUUCAGGAUAUAAACUUAUUGGACUUGGCGACCCUAAAACAUUACAAUCACCUGAUAACUAUAAAAAUAUAGUUAUGCCAUUAUAUAAUGCCCCUUCAAUUGUUCCAGGUAUCAAUCCUGCAUUUCGUGAAUACUCUUAUUCUACUUCUGAUGAAACCUUUGGUAAAUUACAAAGUUGGGUUCAAUAUUAUUGUGAUCUACUAAAAGCCAAUCAAGAAGGAAAAAUCACUUGGGAGAUUGAAUACACCACAGAAUCUGCUUAUAAUAUGAAAGGAUUGGAUGUAAAUGAUUGGCUUGAG